AUGUACAUUGACAUCGCCAGACGCAUGGUGCAUCAUGACGACAUGUGUUCAUGUUUUUUCCCGCCCAAGGAGGCCGCGGGCACGAGGUUAUACACCCAUUAUAACGUCCUUCCUACUUUCAAUUAUUAUUAUCGGGCGCGGCGCCGCACCCGUCGGGGAGGCCGACAGAGGCGCAGCUGCUGCCUACCAAUAAUCAAGACCUGUCUCCCGAACGAGCGAGACGGACACUCUCACCGCGAACCUUCAAAAUCAAUCACUACACUAACCCGCGCCGAGGCGGAUCUCCGAGUUCAGCCGAAGUUCGUUCGUGUGCCGUCGGCGGGUCGCCGCUCGUGUGUCGUCAGUUCUGUCGCCGCAGCUCGGCGGACGGUCGCGAGAAUGUCCCACAAAGUGACAGUCGAAUAUAUCAGUGAGGACAGAACAGUGAAGGAGGGUAGCGGCACCCAGUCGCCCCUAGCAUUACUGGCAGCCACGUGUAGCCGUUACGGCGCUGUCAGCAUGGGGCCCGAACAGCAGCAGGAGAAGGAUCAGCAGCAACAACAACCACAGCAGCAGCAGCAUUACACCCAACAACAACAAGUGCAGCAACAGCAGCAACAACAACAGCAGCAACAGCAACAACAACAGCAGCAACAACAACAACAACAGCAGCAGCAGCAGCAACAACAGCAACACCAACAGCAAGUUCAGCAGCAGCAACAACAACAACAGCAGCAACAACAGCAGCAGCAACAGCAACAGGUCCAACAAGCUCAGCUAGUCCAGCAACAAGUACAGGGCGAGGCACUCGCAGCACUCCAGCAGCAGUACUUGCAGCAGCCGCAGCUAAGAGUCAUCAGCACAGCCGUGGUGCAGCAACUGAGAGCUCAAGGCCUGUCGGUGAGUGAUGUGGGGAGAGAUGUAAAUGCUAGUGUCCAGCCGCUUCAACAUGGCAACGAGUUAUCAGCGGCCAUUGUGAAUGCUGCGACAACAGUUCCAAAUGGCAUUCAAGUUCAGCAACCUCAGGUGAUUUCAAUGCAGCAGCUGCAAUCCCUGCUAGGAGGCGGCGUGGUGUCAUCUAGUGAGGGCACGCCCUAUCAGAACUCACCGCAGCAACUGCUGCAAAUACACCCACAACUGCUGCAACAACAGACGGGCGGUGUGUACGGCGGAUGUGUGGUGGGGGGCGUCACUCCGCUACAAGCUGUCACCGUGGACGGACAAGACGCGCUGUUCAUACCCUCACACCACGCGCAGAACUUCUCGGGCAUGGGUCAAGUGAGUUUGGUCAACGGACAGCUGGUUCGCACGCCUGUUCUGCCAUCUGGGUUUCUUCACAACGUGAUGCAUCUCCCUGCGGAGCAACAAGCGACCGUGUCCAUCCCCGGCACUAACUUAACAAUACCGCUAAGCGCACUAACCGGUAAUCAGAUGGUAACUAUCCCGGGAACGAAUAUAUCUAUACCGGGCGGGAUACAGAUACCGACCAGCCAGGCUAUUACUAUACCGAGUUCUACGGGGCAGCAGCCAAAUAACGGAGUUACGAUACAGACAGACGGCAAACACGGAAACGGAAAAGAGGCCAAGUCACCAACCAGCCCGGGGCAAGGCGGCGGGGUUGCUGUUCGCGGCGGCGUGGGCAGUGUGGGCGGCGUGGGCAGCGUGGGCGGUAUGGGCAUGGUUCCCGUACAAGUGCCCGUGAGCGUGGCCAACGGUCACACGGUGUACCAAACGGUCCACGUGCCGUUACACGCGCCACACCUGCAAAUAAUACCGCAGUUGCAGCAGGUACUGCAACAAAUGCAAGCCCAGCCUCAAGUUGCGAACGUCCUCACACCGUCCGGACAAAUACAACAGAUACAGAUCGCAUCACUAGGAAAUGUUCAGCAGAGUUCAGGCGGGCAAGGCAAUGGCGGUCAACCGACAAUCACACUGCAGGUCCCAACGCUGGGCGUAGGCGGACUUGGAGGUGUGCAGCUGGUCCCAGCUGUGGGCCUGCCGGGUGUUCAAUUGGCGCAGAUACCACAACAACAGCCGCAACCCGCGCCUACACCGCAACCACAACCUCUCAUUGGUCAGCAGAUACAGCAGGAUCCAAACGAGCCUGGCAAGUGGCAGGUGGUGACAGUCAGCUCGGGGAACACAACUACCACCGAGUGUGAGGCCAACAAGAACAGAGCCAGCAGUCCCAACAGUGGGAAACGAUUGAUGAAACGAGUCGCCUGCACCUGUCCCAACUGUGAUCAGGGAGAAAACCGUCUGGUGGAUCGUAAGAAACAACAUGUCUGCCACAUCCCGGGAUGUAACAAGGUUUACGGGAAGACCUCGCAUCUAAGAGCACAUCUACGAUGGCAUUCUGGGGAAAGACCCUUCCUUUGUAACUGGCUGUUUUGCGGGAAAAGGUUCACACGUUCGGAUGAGCUACAGCGUCACCGACGAACACACACGGGAGAGAAACGCUUCGAGUGUCCCGAGUGUAGCAAGCGGUUCAUGAGAUCCGACCAUCUCGCGAAACACGUGCGGAUACACACCAAGAACAGGAUCACGGAGGUGGCGACAUCUACACAGUCAAUGUAUUCAGACUCCGGAGAUGACAGCUGUGAUGAGAAAAUGAUGUUGACCAUAGAGACCAUGCAUCCGAGCAAUGAUUCUGAGGAAAAACUGGUCAUGAUACGCUCGGGAGCUAAGCUAGAACCUGACCAUAUAGAUAAUUAG